AUGACCAACGAAGCAACCCCUCUCCCCAAACAUGUUGGGCCUACCAUUUUGCCAGACUUCCCGCUUUUUCACCGUUUGUUGUACAUCGCUGUGGUGGAAAAUCCUAUUGCUUUCCACGAUGUAUUCCAUGGGAUCAAAGCUACACAUGCUCAGUUCCUUUCAGAUGUUCUCCAUUUUCGGAACAAGGUGCAGGGCGAGCUGCAACCAGAGAUUAGGAAGAAGCUUUUGAGAAAUGAAGAGGUAUUCAUCUGCCUCAUAGCAAAUGGAUCCUAUGAGUUUGCCGUUGGGUUUCUUGCUAUUGUUGCCCUUGGAGCUAUUGUGGUGCCGAUCGCCUUUCAUGUUCCAGUCAAAGAAGCACUUUACUUUGCGCAGACAUCGAAUGCUGUCGCCGUCUUCACCAACUCCACAUAUAAAGACAAGGGCGGUGAACUUGCUGUGGCUAUGAGAAACUCCGGAAAUGAGAGAUUCUUCUCAAUGAACGUUGCUACAGCUCUUGGCCAGCCCACCAUUCCCUUGAGCCAGAUAUCAAUUUCGAGUGAUCAUGAACUGCUCAACUCAGACCCCGGCAUAGUCAUCUUCACUUCCGGAACAACUGGGCCACCCAAGGGUGCCUUGAAGAAGCGAAGUUAUUGUACAAACAAUGCCGAAACAUUCGCAAAUUGGUGGAAUCUGCAGUCGAAUGAUACACUUCUCCAUGUUAUGCCGGUGCAUCAUUCCACCGGUGUCAGCGUCAAUUUCUUUGCUCCCAUCGUGGCUGGUGCGUGCGUUGAAUUUGGGGCAUCAAAACCCAACUGGAGAUUCUCCCCCAAAGAUAUGUGGGAUAGAUGGCUCCAAGGCGGGCUUACCGUUUUCUCGGGCGUGCCCACCAUGUAUCAGCGCAUGAUGAGAUAUUAUGAGGAUGAGAUUGUAUCGAAGCAAGGCCCUCAGGAAGCGCAGAAAUAUGCGGAUGCAGCUAAAUCAAUUCGCCUUCUGCUCUGUGGUACUUCUGCUCUUCCGCAUUCGCUCCAAAUGAAAUGGAGAGAGCUUCUGGGAGGCAACAGGAAGAUUUUGGAGAGAUAUGGCGGAACAGAGUUCAGUGGCAUCUUCAGCGCUCAGCCUGGAGAUCAGAACAAUCCUGAUGGGUCGGCAGGCAAGCUGUUGCCUGGUGUAGAAGUCAAGCUCUUGGAAGGAGAUAAGGGUGAAAUUUUGAUGAAAAGUCCACAUAUGUUUAUGAGGUACCUCGGAAAACCUGAGGCCACUGCCGCUGCUUUCACUCCUGAUGGUUGGUACAAAUCUGGAGAUAUAGCACGGAAGGAGGGAGAUUAUUUCUUCAUACUAGGCAGAGAAUCGAUCGACAUCAUUAAAUCUGGAGGUUAUAAGCUGUCAGCACUCGAUAUUGAACGCGAGAUCAUUGGGCUUGAGUACAUCGCUGAAGCGGUAGUAGUCGGAGUUGAAGACGAAGAGUACGGUCAGAAAGUUGCUGCAGCUAUUGUGCAGCGUAAAGAGGGAUUGAGUGAACCUCUCACUAUCGAGAGACUUAGAGCGGAUCUACGUAGUAGAUUAGCGCCCUACAAGCUGCCCUUACUACUGAGAGUUGUAGAUGAGCUUCCAAGGACACCGUCAGGCAAGGUGGUGAAGCCGAAAGUGAGCAAGGAGUUGUUCUCCACCAAUGGACAUCCUGAUGUGCAGAUGUACAAGCCCAGGAGGUCAAAGCUGUAG